GCCUCCAGCCUCGGUCCAUCCCACCGCCAGCCCGCUGCUCGGAGACCCAGGCCACGUCUCACACAGAGGACGGUACCCGAGCCGCUGGUGGCGAAGACGGCGGAGAGGAGCGGAGCACCGCGGGGGGGACGACACGACAGCCGCUCGGUAAAGUCUUUUUUCAUGAAUUAAAUGAGGACUCGUCAUCUCUCUUCUUCACAAAGGACAAAAAAGAGGCAGAUCUCCAGUAGCAGCAGCCAUGGCCCCCCGCUGCAGAGUCAACGUCAGUGCUGUGUUUUUCCUGGUGGUCCUGCAGGGGGCAGCAGUCGUCCUGUUCUGCAGCUGGUACGUUCAGCUCAGUCCCUGUGACCUUCCUCCUCCCAACAGCAAAGUUCACGUUCUUCUUCUGUCAUCGUGGCGAUCAGGCUCAUCCUUCCUGGGUCAGGUCUUUAGUCAGCACCCAUCUGUUUUCUACCUCAUGGAACCAGGCUGGCAUGUGUGGACCAACCUCCAGAAACCUGGAGCACGGGUUCUGCGUAUGGCUGUGAGGGACCUGGUGCGAAGCAUAUUCCAGUGUGAUUUCUCAGUGAUGGAUGCCUACCUGCCUGAGGACCACAACGUGUCCUCCUUGUUUAUGUGGAGUCACAGUCGAGCGCUGUGCUCGCCGCCGGCCUGUCCUCUCACGCUACGAGACCAGUUCAGCAACCAGACUCAGUGCGCCCAGAAAUGUGAUGCUCGAGGGCUGCAGAACGUGGAGGAGGCCUGCACCACCUACAGUCAUGUGGUGUUAAAGGAGGUACGGUUUUUUGAGCUGGAAUCUCUUUACCCCCUUCUGCAGGACCCAAACCUGGAUCUCCGCAUCAUCCAUCUGGUCCGAGACCCUCGGGCCGUGAUGCGAUCUAGAGAAGAGUCAGCCACAGCCUUUGAGAGAGAUAACGCUAUCGUUCUGGAGCAGAGAAGUACUCGAGCACCCGAGGUUCAGUUUCAGGUCAUGCAGGAAAUCUGUCGAAGCCACGUGCGCAUCAAUGAGAGGGCCAUCCUGAAGCCGCCUCCGUUCCUAAAGAGCCGCUACAAAAUGGUUCGCUACGAGGACGUAGUGCGCAACCCGCUUAAGGAGAUAAAUGCUAUUUAUGAGUUUGUAAGUUUAAAGAUGACUACACAGCUGGAGGAUUGGAUCUACAUGGUGACCCACGGAAAGGGCAAAGGCUCCAAGAAGGAAGCUUUUCAGAUCACCUCUCGCAACGCUGCUGACGUCUCCCAGGCGUGGCGCACCAUGCUGCCUCACAACAAGGUCAAACGUGUCCAGGAGCUCUGUAAAGGAGCCAUGUCGCUGCUCGGCUACAGGACAGUUAACAGCGAAAAAGAGCAGAAGAGACUUGACAUAGAUCUGCUGGUGCCUCAGGAGCCGUAUCAGUUCAGCUGGGUUCCAGCUAAAACACAGCAGCAAGAGUUAAAACAAGAGACGAGGCGCGUGUGAGGCCACAAGCUUCACAGACUGCUCAGCUCUGUGAGGGAACACUGGCAUCAUGUCCACGUUAAAGCAGGAAUUUAUGGAAAUAAAGGCCCACAUUUUGGCAGCAACAUUCACAAGAUGUGAGUUCAGUACAGUUUGAAUUUGCAUGGCACUGAUGAAAAGCAGAUGAAGACCAGCAGCCAUGUGGCCUGGUUCCACGCAGAACUAACCGUCUCUGGGACUGAGACGACUCUUUCCGGCUGUAGGUUUAUGCUCUGCACAUUUUCUGCUAACAGGAAGUCAGACACAACGUGAAAACGCUUCUCUAGAUGCCGUUUUAAACCUGACAUGGUGCCAGUGUCCCAAAGCCCUGAUCACGAUCCCCCAGAGGAGAGGAGGUCCGAGGUCUGGCUGAGGACGCAGGAUCUUUGCUCAUGUAAAGGAUGAACUUUUAGGAUGGCCAGAGUAACCGAAGCCCUUUCUGGUGCAGAUGUUUUGGACUCGUUUCUCCAUGUGGAUGAUGUUUAUUUAUAAGAAACCAACUGGUUUUAACACAUCUUCCAGCUGUGCCGGCGCGGAUCAUAGUUGUAUUAAAGUUUCUUGGUUCAGGUUUAUUUUAGUAUUUCUCAUCAGUGCAUUUCCACUCUGCGUCUCCGCCUCUGUUGUAGAGAUUGAGGGAAAUGAGCUGUGCAAACGGUGGAUUUCAGGAUUACAAUCCAGAUGAAGCAAUGUGCCUUGAUCCCCGAUCUUCCAGCCACACUCAGAAGUCAACAUUUAAAUAAUUCAUGUAUAAAAACCUGGAAUCUGGUUUUUCUCCCACCACAGGAGGUUUAUGCCUCUCUUUUUCUAGAAGAUGCAGAUUCUGGCGAACAGGGAUUUAUGGGCUUUCAUUUCAAGACAAAAACCAUCACGCUGCUGCUUCCUACCUAUUCGGCUCCUACAAUCUGUCCUAUGUUUUGACCUGGAAACCUUUUUGAAGGAUGUCUCAGUGGCAUCACCUCCACCUGGAGGAGAGAGGAGGCUUUCUGGAAAUGCUAGAAACAACGAUGCACCAGUAAAGUUUGCAGAAGGAAGGAAGUCUAAAUGAGGCACUUUAGUUAGAAAUAAGAUCCAACUGUAUGUUAAUGAAAUAAUUAUUAGAAGAUGCGAGUUUAAAACCCAGAUGCCUGUUUAUUAAAUGCUGGUUUCCUCCUUUCUGCUGGUACAUCUGAUAUGUUUCUGUAAGCGAUUCCUUCAGUCUGAAUAAUGGAGGUGGAGAAUGCAAAGUUAGCAACACUUACAGAUUCAUAAGUCCAGGUUUAGAUAAACCUUGAGUUAUGCACAAUCACAAGGUUACAGUUUAUGUUCCUGCUGUUUUCCCCUCAUCGGCACAGCUGGAUCCAACUCUUCUCUUUUUACUUAGAAGGUACUUAGCGCUACCUCAGCUGGAGUUCCCGUUAGCUUGAAGCUUCUGCUACAUGGUAAACCCUGCAGACCAGGAAGUGACCUAGAAACUCUUCAUUCUAAGCGUCUCCAGCAGCAUUAAAGUCCCAUGCAGCUGUUUCAUCCUGCACAUGGACAGCCGAGUGGAGACGUACAUCUGGUUCAUCCACUUUCUGAGACCUUUUCCCUUAUUUUAUGGUAAAGACUUUGUUCAAAACCCUGUUUAACACAAUCUGAAACUUGUCUUCUGCCCCCUGGUGGACACCUUUUGCACUACAAGUAUUUUGGAAUAUCACACAGUGAUAAAAAGUAAAUCUAUCUAAAUUAUUUUUAUUAUUUUUAUAUUAUUAUUAUUAAUAAUUUUUGGCUCUUUUUCUGGGGUUAGGGGUUUUAGGGCUGGGAUAUACUUGCUGUUAGUGAUGCGUCUGCGUACGUAUCAUGGCUGCCACGUGUUCCUAGCGUUCGUUUGGCACAUUGGCCGCUUGCGUUGACGCGAGGUAACGUGUCACCUGCACGAGCUGCAAUAUUGACUUGAACACUAGACUCGCUCAUGUGAACGAGAGCCUGAAUGCGAGGUCGGAGGCAAACAUGAUGGCGGCUAGUUUUGAAGACUGGUUCUCGGACCUUGUCCUCAGCUCAUCUUCCCUCCCCGUUGCGCUGCGACUCCUGAACAGCUGGCAGCAGACGGAAGCGCUUUGGAAGUUGAUGCCCGCAAAUACAAAGUGACCUUUUCACUUUUUCGAAGUGCUGUGUACUGCCCCUAGUGGUGACCUCCGGUAUUGAGUGUUUUUCCGCGCCAUGCUUCCGUCGUUUGUACUCGGACGUAGAGGAACGGUGACGCCUGCGCUGGCGUUCCCAGCAGGUAAAUCCCAGUCCGGAAGGCUUGCUGUUGUAACUGGGAAUUCUGCUUUCAUCUACCUGCAUUCUGGGGCCAUUUGAAGCUUGUAAAGUUGUUUUCUGACGGCUGAUGUUCAGGAUGCAGGAGAGACAUUAAGAUGUUGUUUAUGUUAUUGAUUUAUUAGUUAUUGAUUCCGUUUUCAGUUGCUUCAGUUUGCUGGUUCUCGAUCGAAGCAUUCAGUCAGUAGAUCAUUAGUCAUGUUGUUCUGCAUGUUCAGAGCUAAGUUACAUAACUUUACUAAUUAGUAGUUAGUAUUCAGGUACUUGGAAUGUUUUAUGUGAAUAUAUUGAUCAAGCUUUCUUUUAAGGUAUUAAUUGAUCAGAAUGUGGACGCAUGAAGGAAGAAAAGUUUUAUCCAACAUAAGCUCGAACUUAUUUUUCCUUCUCAUGGGUUGAAUUGGGUUGGAAAUCUCCCAUUUCCACCGUUCUACUACAACAGAUUGUGUUCCUGAUAGUAAUGUUUGCGUUUUAGGAGCUGAAAGCUGCAGUAAAUUAUAUGGUCUUAAUGAAAACUGUGCAGGUUGUUUUAUUCUAAUAAGAUUUUAUCUGUUUUCUAAUCCGUCGACAGCUCGGUAGAAAGUAGAAACUCCACAUAUGAAGGAUUUUUUUUCUUGUCUGGAAGAUGUUGAAGUAUUUAAUGAAGCUUAAUCCUAAGUGUUUUAUUCUGGUGAAUGAAACGUAAAAUCUUUAGUUUCAUCACUGAAAAGCAUCAGCAGGCUGAUUUUAGGACCAAGUUUAAUCUAAAACUGGAAGUAAUAAUUUAACUGAUGAGUGAAAUUAUUGAUUACCUUCUCAUGCUUUAAUCGUAGCUUUCAGCUCGGUUCUGUUCCUGAUGUGAGAUUUGCAGGUUUUUUUGGGUCAUAAGACGAAUCUGAAGGGAACCCGAAGCCAAAGGAAAGACGGCAGGAUUUUCUUUUAUUUAUCAGAAAUCAAACGUUUCCACACCAAGACGCGUCUGAUUAUCCUGGUCUAGUUUCCUUUGUUAGAAGAUGGUACUCAUAACAUCAAUAAAUACUCACAUUUGA